AUGGGUAUUGGGACUAUCAAGAUUCUGACUAUUGAUGGAAAAAUACGGACCCUAACUGGCGUUCGACAUGUUCCUCAACUGAAGAAGAACUUAAUAUUUUUAGGCAUUUUAAAUGCUAAAGGUUUCAAGUUUAGCGGCGAAGAAGGAACAUUGUGCAUCAGUAAAGGUUCAAAAGUAAUACUGAAAGGUAUCAAACAGAAUAUCUUGUAUAUACUACAAGGUAAGACGUUGACAGGUUCCUCUACGGUCGCAUCCAAAUAUGUGAAUCGGUACCUUGAUGUAACCAAGUUGUGGCAUAUGCGACUUGGACAUAUGGGGGAAAGAGGGAUGCAAAUUCUGUCCAAACGGGAUCUUCUAUCUGGCCACAAGGUUACCAACCUUGAGUUGUGUGAACACUCCAUUUUCGGGAAAAAGCAUCGUAGUAAGUUCAGUAAGGGAGUUCACAAAACUAAGGGCACACUGGAUUAUAUUCACUCUGGUUGUUGGGGUCCUACUAAAGUUGAAGGAAUAUGA